CGGACUCCGGAAGGUGUGCCGUCGCGUCCCGGCUCGUCCCCCUCUGCCUCUCCCCCGCGGAAAAGUGAAAGUGUCUGCCAGCCGAGGUCGCGCAUUGGGGGGGCGGGGCCGGCGCGGACCUGGGAGCGGGCGCCGGGUGUUCCAGGGGCCAUGGAUGGGCUCGGCCGCCGCCUCCGAGCCAGCCUGAGACUGAAGCGCGGCCGUGGGGGACCUCCCCAGGAUAAUCUGGGGGAAGUUGUAAAGGAACCAGAAAGGGCCCAGGAGCACUGUCUACCCAACUUUGCUGGAGGGCAGCACUUCUUUGAAUACCUCCUCGUGGUUUCUCUCAAAAAAAAGCCUUCGGGGGAUGAUUAUGAGCCCACAAUCACCUACCAGUUCCCCAAGGAAGCCAGGAGGUCUCUGGGCCUUUCUGCACUCAGCAUGGUCCUGGCCCCCUUCCUGACUAUGUCUUGUCUGCUCUUCCUCAGGGAGACCUUCUCGUUCGUUCUGACCAACGUGGAUGGCAGCAGGAAGAUUGGAUACUGCAGGCGCCUCUUGCCCGCCGGCCGUGGUCCUCGCCUCCCCAGGGUGUACUGCAUCAUCAGCGGCAUUGGCUGCUUCGGCUUGUUCUCCAAGAUCCUGGAUGAAGUGGAAAAGAGGCAUCAGAUCUCCAUGGCAGUCAUCUACCCAUUCAUGCAGGGCCUCCGAGAGGCAGCCUUCCCUGCUCCUGGGAAGACCGUCACCCUCAAGAGCUUCAUCCCCGACUCAGGCACUGAGUUCAUUUCGCUGACGCGGCCCCUUGACUCCCACCUAGAGCACGUGGAUUUUAGUUCUCUGUUGCGCUGUCUCAGUUUUGAGCAGAUUCUUCAGAUCUUUGCCUCUGCAGUGCUGGAGAGAAGAAUCAUCUUCCUGGCAGAAGGUCUCAGCACACUGUCUCAGUGCAUCCAUGCUGCUGCGGCGCUGCUCUACCCCUUCAGCUGGGCCCACACCUACAUCCCUGUUGUCCCCGAGAGCCUUCUGGCCACUGUCUGCUGCCCCACUCCCUUCAUGGUUGGAGUCCAAAUGCGCUUUCGGCAGGAGGUUAUGGAGAGCCCCAUGGAAGAGGUCCUGUUGGUGAAUCUUUGUGAAGGAACCUUCUUAAUGUCAGUUGGUGAUGAAAAAGACAUCCUACCACCCAAGCUUCAGGAGGACAUCUUAGAAUCUCUUGGUCAGGAGAUCAAGGGGUCACAGACUUCUGAACAAAUCAAUGAGCAUGUUUCAGGCCCUUUUGUGCAGUUCUUUGUCAAGACUGUGGGCCACUACGCUUCCUACAUCAAGCGGGAAGCAAAUGGGCAAGGCCACUUCCAAGAACGGGCCUUCUAUAAGGCUCUGACCUCCAAGGCCAACCGCCGAUUUGUGAAGAAGUUUGUGAAGACACAGCUCUUUUCCCUUUUCAUCCAGGAAGCUGAGAAGAGCAAGAACCCUCCUGCAGGCUAUUUCCAACAGAAAAUACUUGAAUACGAGGAACGGAAGAAACAGAAGAAACCAAAGGAAAAGACUUUGAAAUAAGAGCUGUGGCGAACAGCAGUGACUAGACCUAUAGGCCAGUUGUGGACUUUGGCCCCUGCCAGCAUGGUAGGAUGUGAAGCUCUCAGCCCCCAGAAUCCACAGCCUUCUUCCGAGUCCUGGUAACCAGGUCUUGCUUCAAGUUGGUGUCCUGAGUUUGGGAUCCCUGGAAUCAGCUUUCUCAAGACUUUGGAAGGCUCUGACCUCUGUGCUCACAGAGCUGGGCACAAAGCUGCCUUUCCUGCAGAGGUGACACCGGGCAGGAGACAGUAGUAGAGGUGUUGUAGAGUCUUACAAGUUGCUGUAACUGCCCUCUUCCAGGAGCCGCUUACAAAACCCUCAACAGAGAAAGCAGUUGUGGCCCAAAGGCUCAGUUUCUCCACAUAAAAGAAGAGGUCUGGGGACAUGUGAGGAUAAGAAUAAAGAUGAAAAUCUUCUUGUUCUUUAAA